AUGGCUUCAGGCCCAAGCGUGAUUUCUCCUCCCUUGUUUGUUUUCGCUCGGGAUCACGAUACUCACACUUGAAUCAAGGUUACUCCACUGCGGAUACAUAAGGGUUCUAUCUCCUCCGGUUCAGAUAUUUCGGACAAGGAGUCGAGCCUCCCGUUCGGCCGUCCGUUGGCAGAUAUUAGUCUGAUGGAGCGAAGGAGAAACAGCGCCUCGUCAGGAGGGCGCAAGGUACGGCGCAGUUGAUUGGUGGAAUCUCUACGUGCUAGGCUAAUUCGCUUUGCUGUACCAGUCAAAUGACGACAUUCCAACAUCCUCACCUUUCCCGUCAAGUCCGUUUAGUCCGGCGAAAGCAAACUCACCGCGUGCCUUCUGGGAAGGAAAACAUGCCCAGGAUAACUCACGCUCCUCUCCUAAUGUAGGCCGUCGGUCAUCCUUGGAGCGGCUGAAGCGAGCCUCCCGUGUCCAAAACAACACCAAGCUCUUUAACCAGCCUAAUGGCCCAAAUCUUCCGAAUUCGGGGCGGCCGCUGAGCUACAGUCCAGGUUUAUCGUCUCCUUAUACCAGCCCUCAAUUUGGCCGAGGAUCCAAGAUUCCAUUGCCAUCUCCAAGGAAAUCUGAUGCUUCAUCUAUUCGUCCCGAAACACCUCCCGGGGAAAAGGCCAAACUGACGUCCAUCCUCACGAGUCCCAGUAGUAGGAUGCCAAAAUCAUCUCUGGUAUCAGCCUACAAGACGAAUGCUUAUGUUGGUGAUUUUACAGGGUAUUCGGAUGGUGAGGAUAAUGUCAAUCGCAGCCCAAAUCGGCGACCGAAGUCUGUUACCUUCGAUAAAGAACCCCCCGAGGUCCUUCAGUAUGAAAUGGUUACGCCGGAUCCAUCAGUUGACGGCUCCUCCCCAAUGCAUUAUGAUUCAGACGAAGACGAGGAUGGUUACGGGGAUGAACUGGAGAACACUCCUGUUAUUGAGCCCGACGAGUGGGCAAGGAUGACUCCGGAGGCCAUAAUAGAUUCACAUCUUGAUGAUCCUUUCCGCUCUACCCCAUCCCCUACCGCACGGCCGCUCCCCCCAAUUCCAGGAGCCUUCAUCUCGCGAGAGGAGAGUAACAGUCCCUCCUCAGGAAGGCCGCUUCCUAACCUACCCGUUACUAAAGCAGACCUUCAGAAUAUCCAAAAAAUGCCGCUUGAAGAGAGGAUGAGAUUAAUGCUGGCUUACGAAGAACAUGAGGGGGCCGAAGAACAUUCCCGAAGAUCCUCAAUGGAGACCGGGGAAGUGCACGAGGAGCGUGAUGAGCUCGGGGAGAUGCUAGAGAGCAUGGGCAUUAGUGUGAAGGAAAAUGCUAGCCCACUUGAUGGGCGGGAUGAGAGCAUGAGCCCGGUCCAACUCACGGAGGAUGCUACAUCGGACAACGAAGAACCCUCCCCUAAUACCAAUCGAGAUGCUGGCCAUGAGAGUGGUUCUUCCAGUCAAUAUGAAUCCGCGUCGGAAUACGAGCCUCCACCACCACGCCUUUCCCGGGAGUCCAUUCGACGACAAGUGCAGGCUCGGAGGAAGAACUCGUUUGAACCAGAGCUUACCCCCCCUCGAGAUGACCCGCAUGGCGAACAGGUCGAACAUAAUGAUUAUGACCAAGAGACUGCCUCACAAGUGGGCGAUGGUGCUCAAAUCAAGCAGGAAGCAUCUGAUGACGAGGGGAUAGACAUGUACAGAGUGCCGGAGAUGCACAAGGUCCCAGAGCGCCCUGCUUCACGAUUUGCCACGAGAUCACCAGAUUAUGAUACUACGACUGAUUCGGAAGCUUCCCAUUGUGAAAACGAUAAUGAUGAUGAAUCCAGGUAUAGUGAAUACGAGGAAAAUGAGCCGGAGAUCCCGAGCCGAGAGGAAUCCACGCCUACGCCCACCAAUCCUCAGUUGUUCCUUUCACUCCCUCCCGUUGCCGAAGAACCCAAGUUCGAAGAACCACAGAAGCAUAACCAGGAUGAGGCUAGAAUGAGCCUUCCUGACCUCUCAUCAAUGCUUAGCAACGAUGGUUUAGGGCUUGGUCAGUACAUGGCUCCUUCUCCUCCGCUUCCCCCUCCUGAAACUUCUGAGCGAGAGCUUGUCCCCUCGAGUAGUAUUGCUCGCGAUCUUCUCGCCGAACGAGCGGAAAGCGUUGCAGAAGAACAGGAGGAUGACUAUACCUAUGAUGAAGACGAGGAUACUGGAUCGGUAAUUAGGCAUAAGAUCUAUCACUCUGAUGAGGACGAAGAUGAGGAAGAAGCGGAUGAUGAGGAUGAUCGUAGUGAUUACACAAUUGAAGCUGACCAUGAAGAGCGCGGGGGAAGGGGGGUGGAGGAGGGAGGGGAGGAAUUGGAAGAGCCGGAAGAACGGGAGGAGGACAGAUCUCCCUCACCAGUGGCAGAGUCUAUUGCAACAAUCAGAGCACCAGGCGGAAAGUUGAAGACGAGAGCAAGUGCAACACCCGCAGAUAUGGCACAGAUGGCCGCUGCGCGCAGGCACGUCAGUGGUGAUGUGAGCGGGGGCUGCCCCCCCGUCCCCCGGAUACCUAAUGGUUACCGUAGCGAAGGUGAUCCGCUGUUUGGCAGCGAGGAUGAGGGAGAAGAUGCUGGGGUUCUCUCGGAUGGCGAGGAGGUUGAGAGGAAAGCUUCUGGUAGGAAGAAGUCAAUAGGACUUCCCGCCUUAGGAGAAUUCGAGUUUGACCUCGGGUUGGAUGACCUGUCGGAGGAAUUCGACCGAGUUAUCGAGGCACAGAAGGUAGAAUUCUCGAAACUCUUCCCUCAAUCGCAGUAUUCUAACAAUGGCCAGCGCGGGUAUCUGAUGCGUCAGAAUACUCGGGUUAUUCAUGCCUCAAGCAGAGACCCCGAAGAUGACGUGGCUGGCCCUUCGAAACCAGGCCACUCACGGACUCAAUCUUGGUCAGUUGAGCCAUGGCGAGCGUCUACUAGGAGGCGCAGCACGCGCGAUUCACUCGGCGGGAGCGUCCGAAAGAGGCCUUCAAAUGUCGGUGCUAUGCCACCAGGGGGCAAGGAUGGGAAGCCCCUUCCUAUGGUGAAUGAGAACGAUGUUGAAGGUCGAGCAAGUCUCGGUUUGCAGCCGGAUGACGGCACUGAGAGAGGAAGAUUGUUUGUAAAAGUGGUUGGAGUCAAAGACCUGGGUUUGCCGCUUCCUCAAGGUGAGAAAUUUCCUCAUUUGUUGAGCGAAUCGUCUGUUAACCACCGCUAGGCCAACCGACCUACUUUUGCUUAACAUUGGAUAAUGGGCUUCAUUGCGUCACCACAUCAUGGCUGGAAUUAGCCAAGAAUGCGCCCAUCGGACAGGAAUUUGAACUGUGAGUGGCUCAAUUGAUCGUAUGUGAAUUAUCAUCCACUGACCUUGAUAGCGUUGUUCUCAACGAUUUGGAGUUCCAGUUGACUCUUCAAACCAAGCUCGAGCAACCACCCCCACCUCCUCCCAGGACUGUCGUGAAAGCCCUUCCCUCCAAGCCAAAACAAUCCACGUUCAGCAGGGUCUUUACUUCUCCUAAGAAGCGGAAGCAAUUAGAGUUGCAGCAACAGCAGCAGCAGCAACAGCUCCAGCAACAGCAACAGAAGCAAGAGCCACCUGCGCCGGCGACAGCAUGGGACUUGUUGCAUGGACUCGUCGCUCGCGAUGGGUCCUUUGCUCGAUCUUAUGUUUGUCUCAAGGACUUUGAGAGCAAAGCGUUUGGUCGUCCAUUCACCACUGAUAUCAAUUGUUUCAAUGAAUGGGCUGUAGAUACUGCGAGUGUCAAGAGCAAGAAGGGUCUUCAUGGGUCCCUCCAGCCCGCUCGAAAGGCCCCUUACAAGAUCGGGAAGCUGGAAGUCCAGCUUAUGUUUGUUCCAAAGCCUAGGGGAGCGGCCGAUGUAAGUACCCAUUUUCGUUCCUGAACGGUGCAAUCCUGAUUAAUAGUCAGAAGGAGCUCCCAAAGAGCAUGAACGCUGCCAUCCGCGAGCUCCGGGAGGCCGAAAACACAUUGGCAAAGACCUGGGAAGGAAACCUUUCGCAGCAAGGUGGCGAUUGUCCAGUGAGUUUUCUCGUUGUCCCGGUGUUUGUGGUCUGAAUACUAACACCCUUAUAGUACUGGCGACGAAGAUACUUCAAGUUAGUGGGUCCAAGAUUGACUGCAUACCACGAGGCCACUCGCCAGCCACGAGCGACCAUCAAUCUCAGCAAGGCUUCGAAGCUUAUAUAUGAUCGCAAGGUUCUUGUUGACCCUGAGGUUAAAGGGCCGGGCAAGUCCCGAAGAAAGUCUGGCUUUUCGGAAGACGAGGAAGGUUACAUGUUUGUCGAGGAAGGGUUCCGGAUACGAUUCGGAAACGGCGAAGUGAUCGACUUCUACGCCGAUUCUGCCGCAGACAAGAAAGGCUGGAUCAAGAUCCUCGAUGAGACCAUUGGCCGGAUCCCCGAAAAGCGUGGAUGGUGUGACACUGUGCUCUCAAAAGAAGCUAAGGAGAGAGCAGAGAGGGAGAGAGCCCAGGCGACUUCAGCAAAGGUGAAGGCUGCUCAGCAGCAGAUGCGUCAGAAUGCGCAAAUAAACCAGAACCAGAGCCAGAACCAACAAGGGGCUCAACAGCCGCCAAGGUCCACUCGCCGCCCUCCCCCAGCGAACACCCAUCGUUGAUGCUGACCGUCGUACAUGGGCAUGAGGCAUUCCUCAUGUCUACACCGCCGGUAUCCAUUGGUCGCUGGGAGACUCGAUGAUUCCAUUCUCUAUUACAUUCGUGUGCAUCCUUAUCUUCCACUCUAUUCCAGGGUUGUAUGGGGGGUAUUCUUGAAAAUUUCCUUUUGCAUAAUUUCCCGUUUCUAGGCUUUUCUUCUACAUGGGCAGUAAUAUCUUUAAUUGCUUGGAGUGAUGGGUGCAUUUCAUUUACAGCAGUUUCAAUGUUUCAUAUAUUGCGUAUCUAUUUCCUUUUGGCGCGGGGGGUUGGAAGCAUGUGGGAGAGAGAGCUACCUAUCGCUGGUUGGAUAUGUUUGGCUGGUCAUGAGUGCCUUGUUGGUCGAUUCUGUAUACCCUGUGGCGGAGUCGCAGCGCCAAUGGUCGAGAUGAAAUGGCUACUCAAUCGUUGUGCAGCGUAGGCAGUGCUUUCUCGUGAGGGUGAAGCGAUGUGGUUGUGAUUUGUACUUGUACAAGUAAGUGUUGGAACGAUUCCAUACAGAAAGUCAAGUGCCAUACAUACACAAGACGGCCACAUGCAAAAGUUCAUAUGUCAUACGGUAGACCCAAACAGUCGCCCAUCCAUACACAGCUCAAGUCGACGCAGAACCUUUCCCCUUCCUUUUCCUUUUGCCUUGCACUGUGGCAUAAGUCUUUGCAACCUUGACAUUAACCGGCUUGUACUCCCUCACCCCGCCUUGCUCGUCCAACCACGGCACCCGAACAGGCAGAACAUAUCUCUCGACAACUUCCAUCAAACCCGCAACGAGUUCCUCCGGCGCGCCCUCCAGUAGCCCUACAAACCCUGCGCGCAC